UGCCGAUGCGAUUAAUUGUUAUCGCGUUGACGAGAUCGUGUGCGAACGUGAUGUCGGUGACCUUCGUAACUCCCCCAGCGCGCAUUCGUUCCGACCUGAAACAGUAGCGAGUGAAAAAGGCACGCGAACGUUCCUCUCGUCGCGUACGUGCAAAGAUGAUUUCCGAAUUACUGCCCUUUGCAACCAAGUACUUUAAUUAUUUAUCAAUCAUCAUAAUCUCGUACGUCGUGCUCAUCGAGCUCUACAAAUGGUCGACCAGAAGAACAAGUGAGACGCACGUAUUCGCGGAAUCCGACGAAUCCACGGAUCCGAGUGAAAAAACUAACGAAGGAACAAUACUCGCGGAGCCUGCCUUACCAAGGGAUCUCAAGCACGUACCUUAUCAAUAUGUCAAACUAUCCCCAGAGGAAUCGAUAGCUCGGGCGUCAGAAUUUUAUCGAAUAGCCGCUGCGAGGCGGACCUUGAGGUUCUUUAGCGCGGAUCCUGUUCCGAAGGAAAUCAUUCGUGAGAUUAUUAAGGCCGCAGGUACCGCACCCAGCGGCGCACACACCGAACCGUGGACCUUCGUCGUAGUAUCGAAUCCAUCCAUGAAAUCGCAAAUUAGAGACAUUGUCGAGCAAGAGGAGGAGAUCAAUUACAGAAAGAGGAUGGGUAUCAAGUGGACGACUGAUUUGUCGCCAUUGAGGACUAACUGGAUAAAGGAUUACCUUACCACCGCACCGUAUUUGAUACUCGUGUUCAAACAAGUCUAUGGUAUUUUGCCGGACGGACAGCGAAAGAUCCAUUACUAUCACGAAAUAAGCGUAUCCAUUGCCUGUGGAAUUCUUAUUACUGCUAUACAGUACGCUGGCUUGGUGACGCUUACGUCCACGCCGUUAAAUUGCGGCCCGGCCAUACGCAAUCUUCUUGGGCGUCCAACCUACGAGAAGCUCGCAUUACUAUUGCCAGUCGGUUAUCCAGCUCAACACGCUACUAUUCCCGAUUUGCAGCGGAAACCUCUAUCAGAAAUUUUAGUCGAGGUUGACUGACAUACAAGUGUCGCAUCACCACAAAGGAUAAAUGACGCGAUAAAUGACACAUUGGAGGACGCGAGGACGGUUCAUUUCUUUUUUGUCGUUUAUUCGGAGUCGCGAAAGUGGGAAUAUCUGAAAUGAAUAGGUAAGCGUACAUUUAUAGCGUUGAUGCUAUUUUUAUGAAAAAUUUUAUAUUUUCCGAAUACUAAUUUUUCCUUAUAUUUUACAUUACAUUUUGUGGAUAGCAAUUAUUUGCUAGAAUUGUAGGAUGUAGUGUAUGUGUGUGUGUGUGUGUGUGUGUGUGUGUGUGUGUGUGUGUGCGUAUGUAUGUGUGUGUUGUUUGGCUUAAAAUAUCACUGCCAAUAUUACAAACAAAUUGUAAUGUCGAAAAGAAGAGCUGAUCCCUGAAAAGUAGCACCUGUUCAAAACGUGUGUAUCGUUUGUUGUGUGCAUACACACACAAGUAUAUAUUGUGUACAUACACUAUAAUAUGUCUCUCUUUUUCUUUCUUUCUUUCUCGCGCACUUGAAAAAUAUACAAUGGCACGCAAUGACACUCUAUUCUAAACUUAGUAAAUCCGAUUUGUAUAAACUAGCGUUUAUUCAAAUUUGCAUACAGAACGUUAAAAAUAAGCGAUAUAAAAUAUAAAUCCGUCAUUUUAAUACAAGAAUUUAAAAGAAUGUCGAUAAAUGUGUUAUAACGAGAUACAGAAACUAAUCUAAUACAAUUAGGCGGUCAAAUGGAACCGAGAGGUUUCACAUUAAAGAAUACCAAAUAUCACCACAGCUUCUUAAAUUAAGUACAUUCAAGGUAUAAAAUGUAAAAAUACUGGGCUAAUAAGACGAAGAACAUGUAGAAUAUAAUCCUUUUUUGCAGUAUUCGCAAGAGUCCGUAUAUGAUAGCUACGUCGCUACUAACAGUUCUAUGUUGUUAUUAAGUGUAAAAGCUUUAGUAUCAUGAUACAUACAAGAUAAACAGACAUAAUAUUCUAUUUAUCACUAUUUAUGAAACAGAUACUAUUAAUAUCAUGGUUUCCUAGAAUAUGAAUUUUUUUUCUUUUCGUAUUUCUCUAUAAGACUUGAUACAAGAGCCAAGUCGAUAGCGAGGAGCUAAGAGUUAAUGUGAAAAAUGAACUCGAGAUCGCCAAAUUUUACCUUUUUUUCUCUCUUCAAUUUAAGCAACCGUAAAGAUUACAAAAGCAAUCAAACUUGUUGUAAUAAUAAUAUCAUUGACUAAGAGUAAAAUAGUCUAGAACUAGGAGAGUAUUGUCCUAUUUAGCGAUCUUUGACUAUGUAUCUAUCAUUCGUUUAUACUUUGCAGCGAUUUCGCUGUAAAUAGUACAUGUCGAUUACUAAAAUGAGCAAAAAAUACACUUUAUUCUGUACGAAUGUAAAGUCUAACUUUGUCGGUAAAUCGAACUCUGUCUUUGUCUUUAAAAUUAUUAAUCUCUGCGUUCUUGCCUUGUAGGACUUUGAUCCUUAUUCUGAACUGUCUUUUUUAUCGAUAAAAGUGUCUCUUUCUAAAUGCGAUUAGGAGCCAAAGGCUUACAAGUCACAUUUGAAGACUUUUUUAUUGAUAAAAGAAAGUUUAGAAUAAGGGUCUUUGUAGACAGUCGGUUAUAACUAGGGACGAGAUCGAGUGCAAUGUGUACUAGUGUCGAUUCUACUCGACAGCCAAGCAUCAUUUCUCUCGACUCAAAUAAUAUUUUUGAAUAAUACACCGUACACGCAUGUGUACACGCGCGCGCGCGUGCACACACACACACGCACACGCACACGCACGCACAUACACAUGCACACACUCCACAUACUUUAAAGAAUUUGCACAAUCGAGUACACAUCAUAUAACAUCGAUACAAAGUGCGAUCGAAACUUCACGCAAAACGUAUGUUCGAACCAUUAGUAUUUUACAUUGUUUCAUUUACACGACACACUACCAGCUUAUAUGCACAUUAAUGCACACAUAUGGAUGUAUGGGUGUAUCUGUACAUAGUGCGAUUAAAAAUACUAAUAGAAGGCUCGCGAAUAUACUACAGAUAUAUCGAUAUUAUUGACAGUACUUGGGUGUACACUCGACCACGUCCCUCUAAUUAGGACAUGUCUAUAUAUACUUAUCUGUAAAAGCUAUCUCGAUAAAAUUAUAAAUACGUUUCCUUACGUCUUUACCUCGUUGAGAUCACCAGUGCCUGAGAUAUCUAACGUAGUAAUGCUAUAUAAACAUAUCCUCCUAAUUGUUAUUAUCAUUAUCGUUAUUGUGUUAACAUAUGUUUAAUGUAUCGAGUCGACGACCAAUGCAAAUUUCGUAAUAAAUAGCAAUCGAUGAA